AUGCGUGUCUCUACUUUUGCCCUGGCUGCAGCCAGUCUCCUAUCAACAGCCAGCGCUGCUAUCAAAGGGUUCAACUAUGGAGCCCAAUUCAACAACGACCAGGCCAAGACCCUUGUCGAUUUUGAAUACGAAUUCAACGCCGCGAAGCAGCUUCCUGGCACCGAUGGAUGGACCAGUGCUCGUCUGUACACCAUGGUCCAGCAUGGCACCGCGAGCAACGUCAUUGAAGCUAUCCAGGCUGCCAUCAACACCAACACCACGCUCUUGCUCGGCUUGUGGGCCUCGGCUGGCCAGGCGGUCAUCAAUAACGAGCUUGCUGCUCUCAAGGCUGCUGUUCAGCAAUACGGCACUGCUUUCUCUGACUUGGUUGUCGGCAUCUCCGUUGGCAGCGAGGAUCUUUACCGCAUCACACCCACCGGCAUCGAGAACAAGGCUGGCCCUGGUGCCCAGCCCAACGAGUUGCUCAGCUAUAUCCAGCAGACCCGUGAUGCUAUCAAGGAUACUGCUCUCGCAGGCAAGCCCAUUGGACACGUUGACACCUGGACAGUCUACGUCAACGCCUCCAACAACGCUGUCAUCUCCGCCCUCGACUUCAUCGGCAUGGACGCGUACCCCUACUUCCAGACAACAAUGGCCAACAGCAUAGGAAGUGCUAGCCAGCUGUUCUUCGAUGCUUACCACGCAACUGUCGGUGCUGCUCAGGGCAAGCCUGUCUGGGUUACCGAGACUGGAUGGCCUCUGACGGGAAAGACUUUGAACCAAGCUGAGGCUAAUACGGGCAACGCCCGCAUCUAUUGGGAGGAUGUCACAUGCCAAUUGGUCAAGGACAACGUUAAUCUCUACUAUUACACUCUCCAGGAUGUCCAGUACGGCAAUCCCAGCCCGUCAUUCGGCAUCAAGCCUGCUGGCGAUCUCAUGAGUGCUCAGCCAUUAUUCGAUUUGUCCUGUCCUUCUAGCGCUAAGCCGCCCGUACAACUACCAACCUGGGCCAUAUGGUCUCACGGUUGGGCUGCACGGACUAACGAGUAUGCGAAGUCGUCACCUAUCGUGUCACGCUCGGCAAGCCGUGGUAUUGGAUCCACGACAGCGCAACUAAGUACUCUUCCAACACCAACACCGACCAUCAUCACCGUCACAACAUCUGGUCGUCUACCGCCAUCAGUGGGCCCUCUUCCGCCAUCUACCUCCUACUUGACUCUUCCCGACCUGCCUCUGCCCCACGUACCCCGUGGAAUUCCUUCACCUUUCCAAGCGCCAAUCCUCAUUGUACCCUUUGAAAAAGCCAACCCAAAGAAAGUCCUCGCGGAAGAGUACACUGCUCAACUCUCACCCAUUGUCUCUACCAUCUUUGUGUUCAACAUUGAUCCCGCGUACCAAGGCAAAACCUGCACACUUGCCCUUCACGUCCCUCUGGCCUUUGAUUUUUCUGCUUUCAGUCCGCUGCACAUCAAUGCGCCUGGCGGGGUCACCGUCUCCCGUGUCGACAAUGCGGUUCCUAUGCUCAGCGCUUCAGGACCCGUGGGUAGUGUUGCCUCUGUCGAUUUUGGCCAUGACUACAACAUUGCCAGCGGUCCGUGUGAAGGCGGUCAGAGAGUCGGGUACCAGGUUGAUUCGGUUGGGGGGUUGACGAUGGAUUUCUUUCAGCUGGUGAAUCCGCCUCUGGGCUUCUUUUUGUUGGUCAAUUAG